AAAAGGGAACUAAAAAUUGCUAAAGUUAUGGUGAGGAAGUGUCAAUAAUGACAGGAAGUACGAUCAUCUUAAAGAGUCGUCAGUUCAGAGACUGUGACAGUCGAGAUCAGGAACAAGGAAGAAGUGAGACAGAGAAGCACGAUGGAUGAAUUCAGAUGGAUUCAAAUGUUUUUAUGUCUGAUGCUGAUGAUUCAGAUUGCAGUAUCUGUAAAUGAAACGUCCAUUUUUAUGAAACUUGGAGAUGACGUCACUCUGCCUUGUCUAAAUGUGAUAGAUGACCAGAAUAACUGUGAUGGUACUACGUGGAUCUUUGGUUCAAGAAACAAACCAACAGUAGAGCUGAUCACACUUGGACAGAUUGGUGAAGGAGCCAAAAAUCAAUCAGACAGACUGAGUGUUACAGCGAACUGUUCUCUGGAUAUAAAGAAGCUCAGAGUUGAGGAUGUUGGUCGUUAUUACUGUCAACAAUACAAAGUAGGACAAACUCCACACACUCAGGUUCAUCAGUCUCUGGUUCAUCUUUCUGUUAUUGCCUUGACUGAACAUAAGGAUAAUAAUAAGGUGAUAUUAAACUGCUCUGUGCUGGCAUAUGAAACGUGUCAUCACACAGUGAAGUGGAUGAUUAAAGGUCAAGAUGUGGACAAAGAUAACAAUCAAAUGAAGAUCUCACAGACUGACUGCUCCACCACUGUGACUUUCCCGGAUUCUCACUAUUUAUACUCAUCAAGAGAUAACACAGUGAAGUAUGAAGUGACUGAUACUAACACAGGAAGAGUGCAGCUGUUUACCUUCAGCCCUCAGCCCUCAGGCGAGGAAACAGGCAAUACAAAAACAACAAAGAAACAAAGCAGAAAAACUGAAAGCAGCACAACAUCGGUUCCAACCCUAAUGACAGCCAAUGAUCCUUCAGACUGGCGAGUUAUUUUGGGGUACGUCACUGGAGCUGCUGUUUUAGUCUUACUGUUGAUAACAGUUGUUAUUGUCAUCAGGUGGAAGAAAACCAAAGGAAACAAAACACAGAGGGAUAAAAAUGCUGGACUGACUUUAAACCCUGCAGAGACUCAGUCUGCUCCUCAAGCCAGUCAGGACUUGGUGGAUCCUGAAGUUUCCUACGCCACCAUCAGCUACACCAAGAACACAAACAGUAAAAUCCGGGUUCGGGAUGAUGAUGACGGUGAUACAGUGACUUACAGCACUGUAAAGGCUCCUGCCACUUCUGCUGCAGCCACCACUGAUCCCAACAACCUCUACUCUGCUGUUAGUUUUCCAGUCACAUAGUUCAAGCAAAAGGGCAAACAGGGCUUGAAUUUAUUGGACAGACAAUUUUUGUUUUGCCCUUACAUGGAGCAGACUGAUAGCAACAUGCUAAUAAAUUUAUAUAAUUGCUGUUCUCGGUUAGAUUGCCUUGCAGGGUCGUGUUAAUGUGGUUCUGAGGUGUUGAUGUUAAGCUUAAUGGGUCCAAGAGAUUUAAUCAAAUUUUAUAUAUAAAAGGCCACAUUCUCAUCAAAACAUCCUCUUCUGUGCCUAGUAAGAAGACUGAUAAUUCUGUUGUGAUGUCUGUUUUCUAAUAUUAAAAGAAAGAGCAUUAACGCAACAUUUAUCUCAAGUAACAAUCUUUUUUAACUUCCUUAAUCAUGUUUUUCUUUUCAUGGUGUGAAACACGUCAGUGUCACAAACACACUGCGUGAAUGGACACAGUGUGCACCUGCCACCUCUUAAUAUAAUUUCUCUUGACCUGUUAAAAAUUAUUUUCUUGAUUGCAGAGAGAUAAAAUGUGAUGCACGGCAUCUAUCUUAGGUCAACAGCAAGGAAGUGACAUCACAGUAACGGCAGGAACAGACAGAGUGAUCAGUUCAGAGGCUCUGAUGGCCCCACAAAUCUUAGAAACAUGGUGUCAAACCAGAUACUUACU